CGGUCCGCCGGAUUAUGAAUGACGGCCGCCGCCGCUGCUUCCUUGAAGCGCUUGACGUUCUUUCUCUCGUGGCCCCGUUGGCAGCGAGCGGUCAGCAGACGAAGACUCCCUGAAGUGGCCUCGGGAAACUCGGCUCGGGCGGGGCUGGAAUGCGCUGGCGGCCCCUGUCGCCUACCCACUCACGCACCCUCCCUGCCUGGCCGCGCCUCUGCGACCAGGUAAUUAUCUGCAGGAAACUUUCUGGAAAGCUGGUAGAAUUUCCACUGCUGGCUGCCUGGUACCAGAGGAUUCAGGAAGUGCCAAGAGUGCAAACAGCAGCUUCUCAGUGUGGGAUCCAAUUUCUCAGUUUACCAGAAUUACAGACCACCUCAAGUCAACAGCCCCCAAACUUAGAUGAGGCCCCAUGUGCAGAAGAGCAAAAUGAUCCUUCGUUUAUUGGAGGACCAAGACCCACUAUGACUAAAUUAAUGGAAAAAGGCAUUGAAGUGAUGUUUUCUCCCCACCCUUGCCCCACUUGGACCCUUGAUUGGGAUACACUUCCUGCAGCAGUGAGCCCAAAGGAAGGUAAAAUGUCCAGUGAUCGAGCUUUGAGGAAGCAGCAACAGUUGAACAACCUUGUUUAUAUGGUGACGAAUCAGGCCAAACCUGGCGACAGAAUUGUGGAUUUCUGUAGUGGUGGGGGCCAUGUUGGGAUUGUCCUAGCUCACAUGCUGCCAUCAUGCCAGGUUGUACUAAUAGAAAACAAGGAAUUAUCAUUAAUUCGUGCUAAGAAGAGAAGUGAUGAACUAGGUUUAAGCAACAUUUGGUUUAUUCAAGCAAAUAUGGAGUAUUUUACAGGGAUGUUUAAUAUUGGGGUGGCGCUGCAUGCGUGUGGAGUGGCAACAGACAUGGUGAUCGAACACUGCCUCAGAACACGGGCUUCCUUUGUCACGUGCCCUUGCUGUUACGGUUUCGUUCAGAACACCUCCAAGCUUAAUUUUCCAAAAAGUGAACAAUUCAAGAAAACAUUAUCAUACAAGGAACACAUGAUUCUAUGCAGAUUUGCAGACCAGACAGCUGUCCAGCUGCCACCCCAGCGAAGGCUCAUAGGAAAACAGUGCAUGUUCCUGGUGGAUCUGGAUCGAGCAAGAGCUGCAGAAGAACAUGGCUUCUCCGUUCAAGUGAUAUCCAUGGAGCCAGAGAGCUGCUCUCCCAAAAAUAACAUGAUCGUGGGAGUCCCCAUUUAGAACAAGAUAUUCACAUUUGAUGUUUUGCCAUCCUUCUCCGUGAUAAAAGCCCGGUGGCAUUCAGGAGAGUCUUAGCAUAACUAGGAAACAGCAGUAGCCAUCUCGACCCUAUUGUGCUCAGGAAAGAACCCAGCAGGAAAGUCUUAGAGGAGGGCUGCCUGCGAAGCAUCACAAAUGCUCUUGUAAUGUGUGAUUAAAGGACUGCUGAUUUUCAUAGUGAGGAUCCUCUGAAGUCUCAGCUGCUGGCAGAGUGAUACUCAGGAGAGGAGGUUCCAUCACUGGAAUAACAAUUUCCUUCUCGUCUCACAGCUUUUCUGAUCUUGCCAGUGUGGUGUUCAGUGCAAAAUAGUGUACUCGCACUGUUACAAUCAUCUAGAGAUUCAAAUGGAGACCAAACCUUGACCAGGUGGGGUUUUUUGUUUUUUAUAUUUUUAGCAAUUGUACUUUUUAAUUUUUUUUUUUUUUUUUUUUUUUCAAAAACCCAGGCAGAUAGUUAGAGUAUGCUUGUAUUUUUAAGCUGGGGUGAGUUGGACUUCUAUAUCAUUUCAGGUACUCCUUUUAAAUAUACCUCUCAUAAAUUACCAAAUGAGAUCAUUGCUGGUUCAAACAUUUUAUAUGAAGAGAUUAUAAAAUAAUUUUGGUAAAUUUCCCAUUACAAGAAUGUGUAAUUAGGACUUAAAUUCUGACUAAUUAGUCAGCACAUUGAUUUAUUAACUCCAGUCAAUAAAUAAUUAUUGCAGAUCCAUUAAUUUCAAGAUCCUGGCCUAGGUUAUUCUAAGGAUAUAAAGAUGAGUUGCAGGAGACACAGUGCCUUGCCUGUAGAAGUAAAUCAUGAUUCAAAAGAAAGGUUCAUGAAUUAAGUUCUUUAUAUCAUAAUAUAAUGUGUGGUCCCAGGAUUUGUUUUUCAGAUACCAAUCAUUUUUUAUUAAUUUUUUGAGGGGGUAAAACUUACUGAGUAUAACUUGAGGUAGAAGGGAUAGAGUACAGAGGCUUAUUUGAGUAAUUCUUCCCACUCAAAUUGUUCUUAUUGCACCAGCCAAAGUUUUUAAAACCAGCUGCCAUGUCCUUUCUCACAUGCUGCUGACUAUUUCUUUACAUGUCCUGAGUUAUUCCACUUGAGAUAAAAUUUAUUUCAUUGAUUUUGAUGUUUUCAACCCCUGUCCCCUAUAUGACACAUGUGAUGAGAAAGGACUUUAAUGAAUAACUCUUUCAUUGCUGUGGAUUAAAACACAAGAAUAAUUUAUCACGGGGAGAGGGGUUUGAACUCUUGCUUUCUAGGCUAAAAUUAAAUAAAAGAAGCAACCAUCACCCCUGAGUAUCUUAGUCAUUUGCACCUAUAAACAUACCAUGCUCUUUUAUCCUAGAAUGUCUUUUUUUAAAUUGAAGUAUAAUUACAGACAAUAAAAUAACAUAUUUUAAGUAUUCAGUUUGAGAAUAUUUAAGUAUUCUUACUUAAGUAUGGGGCUUCCCUGGUGGCUCAGAAGUUAAAGCGUCUGCCUGCAAUGUGGGAGACCUGGGUUCGAUCCCUGGGUCAGAAAGAUCCCCUGGAGAAGGAAAUGGCAACCCACUCCAAUAUUCCAGUAUUCCAGUAUUCCAGUAUUCCAGUAUUCCACACCAGUAUUCUUGCCUGGAGAAUCCCGUGGGCAGAGGAGCCUGGUGGGCUACAGUCCAUGUUGUCGCAAAGAGUCUGACACAACUGAGCGACUUCACUUUUACUUAAGCAUAUUUAAUACAGUUUGUACAACCACCACCAGAAAUAAAGAUAUAAUGGAUUUCUAUCAGCCCCCAAAAUUCUCUCAUCUGCUUUUUGUCCAAUUUCCCCCACCCCAAAGGCAACCACUCUGAUUUCUAUCAUCCUACAUUUGGUUUGCCUAUGUUUGUCCUUCAUGUAAAUGCAAUCAUUUAGGAUACUGUCUUUUGUGUCUGGCUUCUUUUGCUCAACAUGGUAUUUUUUGAGAAAUAGCCACUUUGUUAUGUGUAUCAAUGGUUUCUUUUUAUUCCUAAGUGUUAUUUCAUUAUAUAAAUGUAUCAGAAUGUGUUUAUGCUUUCUCCUAUUUGUAUUUAUAUGGAUUGUUUUCACUUUGAGGAUGUUAUGAAUAAGGUCUAUGAAUAUGCUUCUACAAGCCUUUUUGUAGACAUAUAUUUUCCUUUCUCUUAGAUAAAUACCCAAUAGUAGAAUUGCUGGGUUGCUGAGGAAGUGAAUGUCAAUUGCCAAACAAUUUUCCAAAGUGGUUGUACCAUUUUAAAUAUAUUCCCACCAGCAAUGUAUAAAGGCUCUAGUUUUCCACAUCCUCACCAACUUUUGAUGUUGUCAGUUUUUAAAAUUUUUACCACUCUAUUGGAUGUGAAAUGAUAUCUCAUCGUGGUUUUAAUUUUCAUUUCUCUGAUAACUGGCAUGUGAAGUAUCAUUUCUAAGGUGUCUCCUCAAGUCUUUUGCUCAUUUUUUAAAUCAGGUAAUUUGGGGUUUUUUAUUAUCAUGUAUUCUGAAUUUGAGUCCUUUGUCAUGUAUUGAGACUAUUUUUCCCAGUCUGUGGCUUACUUACUCAUUUUCAUAGUGAAUGUUUCAAUUUUUAAUAAGCCUAAUUUAUCUGUAUUUUCCUUUUAUAGUUAAUAUUUUCUGUGUCCUCUCUAAUAAAUCUUUAC